AUGGCGAAGAGCCAUGCUCUACGGUCCAACAUGGGCAUCGACUAUGUCGUGGUAUUCCGCUUUGCCACAACAGACAAGGUAAAGGCGACGGAGCGCUUCGAAGAAUUGCUAAGACGGCUUGCUUCUGUCGGCCUUGCGACCGAGGUUCGAAAUGGCGAGCACCACUCUAUCCUCAUCUUCGUCCGAGUUUCGAGUGAAGAGCACAUGUUCGGCGAGAUCUACCGCUCUCGCGUGAAAGACUGGGUCCACGGCGUGAGGUCAGCAGAACCUACAAGGGAAACGCGCAAAGCUUUGGAGCACGACCCUAUGACCGAGGCGGAGCGUCUACGGAUCAUCUACCAGCUCAUCACGAACCCGCAACAGGAGGGCGGAGCGGGCAUCACACCCAGGAAAGGCGAGUGGGAAAAUGUGGAGUCCGUUUUUGCGUUGCACGACCAUGUCUACAACAAGGAGUGGAUUACGAAAUGGUCCACGCAAUGGCUGUUGACCAUGGAGGACAUUGACGAGAUCCGCAAUCGACUCGGCGAGAAGAUUGCCUUCUACUUCGCCUUUACGCAGACUUACUUCACCUUCCUUCUCUUCCCGGCCGGCUGUGGCGUUUUCGCCUGGGCUUUCCUGGGCUACUACAGCUCGUUCUACGCCGUGCUAUGCAGCUUGUGGUGUGUGGUCUUCACCGAAUGGUGGAAGCACCAAGAGCACGACUUAGCAAUACGGUGGGGCGUUCGAGGCGUGAGCAGCAUCGAGACGAAACGGCACAAGUUCAAGCCAUCCAUCAUGUCGGUUGACUCCGCCACCGGUGAAAAGCAGCAAACAUUCCCGGCCACGGAUCGACUGCAGCGACAGCUCCUGCAAGUUCCCUUCGCUAUUGCCGCAGUUCUCGUCCUCGGCACCAUGAUUGUCACUUGCUUCGGCAUCGAGAUCUUCAUCUCUGAAGUCUACAACGGCCCGCUGAAAAGUGUGCUUGUAUAUUUGCCCACGGUCCUGCUGACCACUGGUCUACCUAUGCUGACAGGCAUGCUCACCACGUUCGCGACCCGACUCAACGACUUCGAAAACUACGAGACCGAGUCUCACUAUAACAGCGCUUUGACCAGCAAACUCUUCAUCCUCAACCUUAUCACGUCAUACCUGCCAGUCUGCCUGACGGCUUUCGUCUACGUUCCUUUCGGGAGUCUCAUCGUGCCGUACCUGGACAUCUUCAGCCUGACUGUCAGACCGUUUGCGGAGAAUGAAAAGCAGCUCAAGGCACCCAAACACCCUAGCCAGUUUACGAUUAACCCGGCUCGCCUGCGAAACCAAAUGUUCUACUUUGCGGUGACGAGCCAGAUUGUAAAUUUCGUACUCGAGGUCAUCGUGCCGUACGCUAAGAGGCAAGGCUUUAUUAGGAUGAAGCAAUACCAAUCUUCGCGUGCGCAAAAGGCCGGUGGCAUUGCUCCUUCGGCUGGUGCCGACGAUCCGCCGGACGAGAAGGAGUUUCUUGCGCGCGUGCGUAGCGAAGCGGAAAUGGACAUCUACAAUGUCAACGAUGACCUCAAGGAAAUGGUCGUGCAGUAUGGCUAUCUGGCGCUGUUCUCCGUCAUCUGGCCGCUGGUGCCGGUCAGUUUCUUGAUCAACAACUGGAUCGAACUGCGUGGUGAUGCUGUCAAGAUCUGCGUUGAGAUGCAAAGGCCGACGCCGGAAAGGGCCGAUAGUAUUGGUCCUUGGCUGGAUGCGCUGAGCUUUUUGACGUGGAUGGGCAGCAUCACAAUGUCCGCUCUAGUGUAUAUGUUCAGCAACGACGGCGUCGGUCCGGACGGCACACCGACCGACAUCAAGGCUUGGGGUUUACUACUUGCCAUCUUCUUCUCAGAGCACAUAUACUUGAUCGCCCGAUGGGCCGUAGCGACCGCCAUCAGCAAGCUCGAUAGCCCCGGCAGACAAAAGUCACGUCGCGACCGCUACCUGACGCGGCAGAAGCUGUUCGAAGAGUCACUUGAUCAGACACAUAAGCUUCCCUCGCUCGCCGAGAAAGGUGCAGAGAUUACUAGGAGUAGUCUCGAAGAGGAAGCACGUGCGAGUACCCUGCAAGGUGGCGCAACGCCUGAAGAGCGGUUCUGGGCCAGACAGCGCGGCUGGAAGGAGGCGGCGCAGGUUGGCAAGGGUUUCAUUGAGCGUACGAUGCCGGACGAGAAUGAGGCGGCAAAGGGGAAGAAAGAGUUGUAA